AUGUGGGGGCAGAGCAAGGAGCUCAAGGCUGUCACUGCCAAGCUUGAGGCUUGGGCACAGGACACCUUCGGUGGCAGUGGGAACCCUGAAGUGGACGACGCAGUGGAUGCUUGUGACUACUUGUCGAAGCUCUUUGGCGGGAACCCUGCUGCUCUCAAGGACACAUUUCAGACGCUGCUGGUGCGGUUGGACAAGCUGCAGCCCCAGCAUAUCUUUACGCGGCAUGCCACACAGGCCACUGUUCCUUCCCCCGACGAUGAGUCCGUGGAGCUGUAUCUCAAUCCUUGGCACUUGGGAUAUGAGCCAUGCUUCUCACUCAAAGGCCCAUCGAAAAUGGUCUACAUCUUGAGGCUCUUCCGAGAGUUUUUGGAACGCCCCUUUGACUCGGCCAGCAACCCCAUACUGAUCAACUUCAAGGGUUUGCAGCCUGGUGCUCCAAUUCCGUCCUUCCAGGUGUCCAUCUCCAUCGGCUUCACAAAGAGCAUCGCGAUGAAGCUCAUUUUGCUUGGGGCCAUCCAGACCAACUUGACCGAUGGUGAGUUGACCCUGUUGGCGCCACAUUUGCGUGCAAUGUUCGCCUUCAAGUGCAUCUACAGGUCCACUGGCAAUGCCAAGGAGGACAGAUUCAGGGCACUGCAGGAGAAGUUUUCUGAGAGCAGCAGGCCACGACCUGACCCGGUGCAAAUCUCAGGAAUCCUGCUGCAGCAAUGUGUUGAGGAGGGACGGGCUUGGAAAGAUGGGAGUGGUGACCUGAUCGCACAGUUCAAUGCUGGCUCCGGGGUGGACUGCAAGCGCUUGAGCGACUUGGAGCAGACGGUUGUCACCAUGUACCCCAACCUGAUGCAGGAGUCCCAGGAGCUGAUCGCUUACCACUGGAGCAACUACCCAGCGAAAAACAGUGGCCUCACCUACAAGCAGCUUGCGUGUGAACAGGUUCGGUGCGGCAGCAAGCCUCGAAUCGACUGCGAACUCUGGCGGAGCAUCUUGAGCACGGACAUGGUCAAGGUGCAUUGGUUUGUGGCCAGGGACCAAAAGGAUGAUGAGACGUGCUGGGCAAUCACUUGCUUGUUUGUGCACUACCUGCCAGCCUUCAAGGAGCUCUUGACCGCGGCCCAGAUGGAUUCCUUGGGGAACAAGUUCAUCCGGGGCUACUUGGACAUGGAGCUUGUGGAGAAGUACAGGGUUGCUGACCCUCAGUUGACUGCAUCUUCCUUCAGGAUGUUACAGGAGUUUGGAGUGAAAAGUGGGGUGGCCAUCAAAAUCGAUGAGGCAAAGGCCGACCUUGACUUGCAGAAGGCAGAGCUCAACACGGCGAUGGCCAAGCUGAACAAGGAGCAGAAGAAGUUCUUGGAUUUCAAGGAGUCGAUGGCCAACUUUCAGCGAGCUGGCCUGGGGCUGCAGGCAGAGUUGGUGGACAAGCAGAAGGCAUCGCAAAGGGCUGCAGUUGAGGUGCACCAGGAGACGCACUACCCGCUUCGUGAUCUAGCUGAGCUUGGCCAUGCCACCACGUUCGUUGAGUCCUGUGCGAACCGCUUUGCCAAUGAGGCCGGCAUUGCCGAUGAGGAGUGCCACAGGAUCUUUUGGUUGAACAGCUCCACCUUGGGGUACGACGCCGUGAAGAACACCAUUGAGGCGAUCAAGGAGUUCUCUGGUCACAUUGCCUCGGACCCUCGCCGAAGCUGCAUGAUCAUUGCAGCCCCAACCACUGGGGCUUUCGGCAACGAGUACUCAGAACAUGAUGUUCAUGAGCAAGCGCUCAAGAUCCUGGAUGCCUUGAGAGAUGUGGACAACAGGUUGUUGGUGAGAGAGAUCACGGUGGUUUUUGACCCCAGCACGAUCCCGGCUCAAAGCAAACGGCCUGCCAAUCACAAGUUCUACAUGGCUGUCAGUGAUCAGGUGGGCACAGACAAGGAGCUGUUGUCCAUCUACAGCAAGUCUGUCUUGUGGAGGAGACAGACAGUGCCUUGCACAAAGCAAUCAGCCCAGUGCAUCAUGAACCCGAUCAGGAACUAUGUGGAUCCCAGGCGAGAUUUCUCAACUGCUGGUUCCACAGGGCCUGGAGAUGUGAGCCGACCGGCAAGGCGGAAGCAAUGGCUUUCGGGAUGGACGCUGCCUGCGGCUUUCCUUGAUGGCAUCUGGCUCAGCAUGGGAAAAGGCCGCAACUCGAUGGUCGCCUUCAUCGACGUGUUUGCCUAUGAUCACAGCACGGCAGAGUGCGUGAUGAGGAGGAGCAGCAACAGCACUGAGCCCAUGCAUUUGUGGAUAGGCACAUGCUGGGCCGAAGCAAACACCCGGGAUGACCAUCAGCAAGGCAAGCGAGUUGAGAAUCAGAAGAUCUCGAGAUGGUUGCUGGUGGCUGUCAGGCGGAGGCUGCAGAACAUGGCCGAGCAAAGCAUCAUGAAGAUCCCGAACUGGGAGGCCUUGGCGCAGUUUGUUGACAACCGCACUACACCAGUGCUGCAGGAGAGCGAUUUCCAGGUGACCUUCCCAUCAGGUGCCGACACCCUUCCCUUCACCCAGAAGUUCUUGGAUGUAAUGUCGGAGAAGCUGGUCGCGGAUGACCUGAAGGAGCAGUGGGCACAGGUGGUGCAGGAUCACAAUGCCUUGUACAACCCUCAGGGCAAGGCGUAUGAUGGGACGAAGCGCGCAGCCGAGGGGGGAAGCACAGAUGGGCCCAUGACCAAGAAGCAGAAGACCAAAGAGGUGGUCACGGUGGAGGACAGCCUGGAGGACAUCAAGAAGAAGCACAAGGUUACGGCAUUUGCAUAUGGUGGAGGGCAAGUUGUCAUUGCAAGUGACGGGCACAUGUGGUUUGCAGCCGGGGAGGCAAAGGCCACACUGUCACCUAUGGACCCACCUUUGGCCUUGGUGUUUGGCAGCUUCAAGAUCAAUGAGGAUGCAAAAAAGAUCAUGCAGGGCAAGGCGUUCUACUAUGAGGUUGGCUUCAGCAAUGAUGAGGUGAUGGGCCACUUUCGCAAGGGCGAGGAGCCGGGAGAAUCUGCCGAGACCUUGCGAAGCUUCCUGUCAAAGCUUGAGUCCGGUGGCAAAGACAUCUCCAGCCUCGAGAUUGCAUGCCACAAGGUUGAGCCCAAGAUUGAGAAGGAUGCUGCAGGCGAUGUGACCAAGCGGGCAUUUGAAGUGAAGGACGCGUCUGCCAUUGUGUUCAGCCCGCAGCCCACACCACGAAAGGUUGCUUCUUCCAAGCCUCCGACUUGGGAGGAUGCUGGCAGCCUGCUGUUUGCUGCCUCCUCGUCAGUCUUGGAGGAGUUCAAAAAGCAAGAGCUGAUUGUGCUGGGCCAGCGAUGGGCGGUGACUUCGUCAGAGCAAAGCUGGGGAAUGAACCCAGACAAGCCCGGCCUGUACCCGGCAUGUGAGCUUGAAGUUCCUGCAGGCAAGAUUGCCAAGCUAGUAAUGGCAUCGUUCUUCAUGAACAAUGAGGACCUGGAGGGCCUCGAGGAGGUUGAGAACAUGGACUGGAUGUCCCCUGGUCGCCCUGAUGCUGGCACAAGUUCAAGAAUGCCGCCAUCUGCCAAGAAGGCGGCUGAGCACCAUUCGGCUCUGGCAUUGGCUUAUGCCAAGAAGGCAGCUACGGAGAAGGAGGAGGCAGCCUGCAUUGCGGCCAAGGCAAAAGCCCAGAUGCAGCUUUCUGCGAUGAACUCUGUGCUCAAGCGACAAGGCCACAACCCUAAGACUGCCCAGGAGCUUGAGAAGUCUAUGGAGAAGCCUCAACGAGAAGACUGUGGAAGCCCUGAGCCCACGAAGAUCAUGGUGCCCACUGCGGAGACAACAGAUGAUGGUCCUUGUCCUGUCGAAGGUCCUGAGCCCCCUGCAAAGAAGCGCAGAGCAGCGAGGGGUGAGGCUGGCACUUUUGCUGGCAAUCGCCCACCGACCAGUGAAGAAGGCAGAGAGUUGUUUCAGCUCAAGAAGGUCUUGUACAAUGAGACGCGGGAGGAGCUCCAGAAGAAGUUCCCUGGAAAGUUGAUCCAGAUCGGGAAGACUGCCACGCAACAGAGGUACUGGGAGCAUGUGCGGCAUCAUCUCAAGAAAGCCUUGCCCAACUGCGACUGCAAGUUGGCUGACAAGAGGCCUUCGAAGCCAGAAGUCCGCGCUGAGCUGAAGAAGGCAAGUGAGAGCUGGAAGAAGGGCCUUCAGGAGACGGAAGGCAUGACGCGAGAAGAAGUUGCAGUUUUGAAAAGGCUUGCUGAGGAAGAGAGCGACCUGCUGCCUUUGGUGGGGUGUGAUCCGGAGAAAACCUUGGUCAGCAACAUGGCAGUGCCUGCCUCUGGCUGGUCCUUCAACAUCGGCCUGAGAAAGAAGUGCCAGCAUGCACAGCAGGGCUUGCCGAUGGUCCGGCAUCUUUGCGUCCAGUCAGACAACACAGUCGCUGCAUGCAAGAAUAGCGAAGUGUCGCUAUUCAUGGGAGUUGUAGCUCGGCGAUUCGGCUUCGACACGACAAAUGUCUUCUACUUGCGCAAGGGGCAUACGCACGAGGUGUGCGAGAUAUUUUCAGGAGUGGGGUCCAUCCAUCGGGCUGCCACCAAACAUCAUUUGUUCAGUGCUGAAUAUGACAUUGAGAGGCAGCCUGGUGUGACUGAUACGGGCUCAGCCCAGAGUGAAGACUUUGGCUGCAAAGCUGGCUUUGAAAAUGCGGUGAAGCUACUGAUGAGGUUGGAGGAAGGUGGGCUGUGCUUCCUUGCUCCCAGAUGUGGGCCUUGGAUGUUCUUGAAUGUGCACAACACCAAGCGAGGAAAGAACAACAAGUACUGGGGCAACACCAGAAACAAAUCAGUUCAAGCUGCCAACAACAUGGUGCAGGGCUGCAUCGUUCUGAUCGAGCUGGCAGAGCUGAGAAAACUUCGCCUGGGCUAUGAGAACCCGACCAAGAGCUACAUGUGGCACUGGCCACCUUUGCGGGACACUCUCAAGAAGCUGGGCUAUGACACUGUGAACACUCACAGGUGUGCAUGGGAGCCAAGGAAAAAGGGCAUGCGGCUUUGGAAGAAGUACCGCUUUGCUGGCCAGGGCGAUUGGAUCCAAGCAUUGGUGAAGCCAUGUCCUUGUGGUGAUCAGGGGCAUCUCAGGACGACAAAGAAGUACACAGAUGCCUCUGGGAAGAAGCGCUGCCAAGGCAUCAAAAAGCGCUUGAAAGAAAGUGCGAGCUACCCAUCUCUCCUGGGGCAAGCCAUUGUGAAAGCAUGGCUGAGCAGCAGGCAUGAUGGUGAUCAAGCAUCAUCGACAGCGAAGCUUGCGAAGGGUGCGAAGGUGCAGAAGGUGAUGAAGGCAAUGAAGGCAAUGAAGGCGGUGAAGGCCAACAAGGCCAACAAGGCCAACAAGGCCAACAAGGCCAACAAGGCCAAGACGGUGAAGAAGGAGAAGGUGAAGAAGGAGAAGAAGGAGAAGGUGAAGAAGGAGAAGGUUCAGAAGCCGCCAAAGGUUCAGAAG